UGAGGAGAAGUAAUGAAGGGGAGGCGAGAGCAUCUACUCCCAAACAUGGCCCCAUCUAUCUUAUAUAAACCUCCCUCUAUCCCCUUUACCCACUUUUUUCCUACUUCUUCUUCUUCCGCCACCAACCCUCUCUCUCUCUCUCUCUCUCUCUCUUCAUCUCCGCCGCUAUUUCCACCAUGUCCGACGAGGAAUGGGUCAACGUUGCCCUCUCCGAUGACUCUCUUGUCGUCGACUUACUUCUUCGUCUCAACCGCCCUCCCCCUCUCAAUCCUCUCUUUCCCCCUCUCCGCCUUGACUGGUCUGUCCGUCAGCCUCGUUCCAAGUCCAUUCUUACUCGCCAUGCCUCCGAUUCUGCUGGAAAGAACUCUGAUGCCGCCGCAAGAGCUAGUCCCACCACUCCUCUCACUUGGAGCAGCGGCGGUGGCGGUGGUGGUUGUGGUGGCGCUACCUCCAUCAGCGGCGGAUUCGUCGACGCAUCCGACGCCGCAAGAUCUAAGAUUGGUUGUAAGAGUGAAGUAGUUGGAACAAUGAAGAGGCCAAGAAAGAAAAAGCAGACACUGGGAGAGCUUAAAGAGGAGGAGGCUCUGCUAUUAAAGGAAAGGAGAAGCUUGAAAGAUGCCUUGGCUACCUUGCGGGUCACUGUGGAAAAACAGAGGGAUAUUAAUGGAAGCUUGAAGAAAAUGAAGCUUGAACUCGAAUUACAGCAAGGGUCGACCGUUCCAGACGAGGAAAAUUCCGACCAAUCGCAACUGCAGAAGCUACCGAGAUCUAUAUGCAACACUACACCCAUCGGAGUCGCUGCAUUCGGUUGCAACGGCGUCGAUGCUUCUUACCAAUUAACACUGCCAAACGUUUCUUGCAAACUGCAGGAGAUGGGAACUUUAGGGACUGUUCGUUUAUUACCCGAUCUUAAUUUGCCUUUUCAGGAUGAUUCUGGCGCCGAGGCCUUGUACCGAAUGAGCUAGGAACAUUCAACCGAAACGAACAAAUGUUAAGCUACCUUAACCGAAAGGGACAAAGAUCGACAACGACAACAACAACAACGAUGUAGUUCCUAAAUUCUAACCCUGUCAUAGGCUCGAGUUACUUGUAACUGUAAUUACAAAACCAAUUUUCUCAGCUUCAUAUUCAUAUAACAUCUUUUUUUCCCCUUUUUAUAGUACCCGAAAAAGAUCGAGAACGGAACCGUGUAGAGACCUCGAAACCCCUUUAGCUGUUUAGUUAUAUUAUGUAUUCACAGGCUUCUGCAUCUGAUUAUAUAAAAGAGGUUGAUUAUGAACACUGUAA